AGCUGGGCGCAAGUAGAGCGACCCUCACCCCAAACUUGCGAACUUGCCCAGGAGGGGUGUGGGAAGAACUGGUUGGUUACGGGGAACCGCAGAGAAAGGGAAAGGCAGGACCGGACAGAGUCUCCGUGGAAGACCCGACCGCCAGCAGGAGUGCACAGGACCGGCGGCGGCAGGCGGCGGCUGCUGAUCCCGCGCGGGGGAGGCGGCAGGAGCCGCGGGAGGCAGAGAACAGCGGCGGAAUCGCGGAACGCAAGGCAGGCGGGGAAGACCUAGUACGGAGGGCUGGAGACAGCGAGGGCGGCGCAGACAGUCUCCAAGGCAGACCCGGAGGGCUUGGCCCGGGUGUCCGCGGCGGAGGAGAUGGCUUCCAGUCCGCUGCCGGGGCCCAACGACAUCUUGUUGGCAUCGCCGUCGAGCGCCUUCCAGCCCGACGCGCUGAGCCAGCCGCGUCCUGGUCACGCCAACCUCAAGCCCAACCAGGUGGGCCAGGUGGUCCUCUACGGCAUCCCCAUCGUGUCGUUGGUGAUAGACGGGCAGGAGCGCCUGUGCCUGGCUCAGAUCUCCAACACGCUCCUCAAGAACUUCAGCUACAACGAGAUCCACAAUCGCCGCGUGGCGCUGGGCAUCACGUGCGUGCAGUGCACACCGGUGCAGCUGGAGAUCCUGAGGCGUGCCGGGGCCAUGCCCAUCUCGUCGCGCCGCUGCGGUAUGAUCACUAAGCGUGAGGCUGAGCGCUUGUGCAAGUCGUUCCUGGGCGAAAACAGGCCGCCCAAACUACCCGACAACUUUGCUUUUGACGUGUCGCACGAGUGCGCCUGGGGCUGCCGUGGCAGCUUCAUCCCCGCGCGCUACAACAGCUCCCGCGCCAAGUGCAUCAAAUGCAGCUACUGUAACAUGUACUUCUCGCCCAACAAGUUCAUCUUCCACUCCCACCGCACGCCGGACGCCAAGUACACGCAGCCGGACGCCGCCAACUUCAAUUCGUGGCGCCGUCAUCUCAAGCUCACUGACAAGAGCCCCCAGGACGAGCUAGUCUUUGCCUGGGAGGACGUGAAGGCCAUGUUUAACGGCGGUAGCCGCAAGCGCGCGCUGCCUCAGCCUGGCGCGCACCCCGCCUGCCAUCCGCUCAGUUCAGUCAAGGCAGCCGCGGUGGCCGCGGCAGCCGCUCCGCACCACCGAGGCCUUCUGUCCCCCGGGGGCACCAGCUGCAGUUAUCCCAGCGAGGACAGCUCCGAGGACGAAGACGAUGAGGAAGAGGAGCAGGAGGUGGACGUGGAGGGCCACAAGCCCCCCGAGGGCGAGGAAGAGGAGGAGGAAGGUCGAGACCCUGAAGAAGAGGAGGAGGAAGACGAGGAGACUGGGGUUCUCCUAGGAGACCCCUUAGUCGGGGGCGGCCGAUUCCUCCAGGGCCGAGGGCUGUCGGAGAAGGGAAGCAGUCGGGACCGCGCGCCCGCCGCCGCGGGCGCUUUCCCACUCACCCUGAACUCCUCCAGGCUGCUACCGGAGGACGCGAAACUGGGUGACCCUGGAGGCUCGGACCUGCCCCCGCCCCCGCCCCCGCCCCUGGCCUCCCAGAAAGCGGGUGGCGGCGGUAGCAGCAGCCCGGGCAGCCCCAUCCACCAUCCAUCACUGGAGGAGCAGCCCUCCUACAAAGAUAAUCAGAAAACUAAGGAAAAUAACCAAGUUAUUUUAUCUACAAAGGAUGACAACAACUUUUCAGAUAAGAGCAAGGAGCAUAGCUUUUUCAUCACAGAUACUGAUGCUUCCGGAGGAGAUUUUUGGAGAGAAAGAUCAGGUGAACACACUCAAGAAACAAAUUCACCUCAUUCACUCAAAAAGGAUGUAGAAAAUAUGGGGAAAGAAGAACUUCAGAAGGUUUUAUUUGAACAAAUAGAUUUACGGAGACGACUAGAACAAGAAUUCCAAGUCUUGAAAGGAAACACAUCUUUUCCAGUAUUCAAUAAUUUUCAGGAUCAAAUGAAAAGGGAACUAGCCUACCGAGAAGAAAUGGUGCAACAGUUACAAAUUAUCCCCUAUGCAGCAAGCUUAAUCAGGAAAGAAAAGCUUGGUGCCCAUCUCAGCAAAAGCUAAAAGGUGCACAGAACCACCUAAUCUUGUUCUCUUGUAAGAUACAGCCUGCCACUGAGCACUUCUGACCCACAUAAAGACUGCAAAUUGAAAGGGCUUGGGAAUCAAAUGCUAAUCAGGUUUGGGAGAACCCAAGGACAAGUGACCUCAAAGCAGCAUGGACAACCAUGUAAAAUAGACUGUAGCGGCCAUUUAUUAGUGGGGGGAGGGGGGAGCCAACCAGAGCAGUCAAUGCUUGUCGCAUCUUUUGGUGGAACCAAAGUUUGAGUCUUUGUGUUUUUAAAGGCCAACUGGACCCAGCGCACGGGCGUGCUGUUAGCCAACUGGGGUGGGAAAUCCGUGGACGGUCCUAAGUGAUUCGAGUGCUACACACUCAAGGGAGCAGCUCUACAAGACUAUCUUUUAUGUAUGAAGAAGUGAUUCUUGUUUGGAAAGAAAACACAAGACCUGUCCUAGGAGUGGGGAUCACAUUUCGACAGCCAGGACGGCACUCGCCGUGCAAACCUGCUUUUCAUAACAAACUGGACAGACUUACGUGUGGCCCCUUCCUCUCUGGUACUUUGCCUGCUGUAUGAAUGAAGAUUGUAUUCCUCUGGAAAUAUUUUACAGUUUAAUAUUGAGUGUAAUUAAGAAUAUAAUCAUGUUAUCAAAAAUGGUAUUUAACGCUGUUGUAGUUUCUUUAACAUUCAUGUGGAUAAAAAAAGUCUAUAAUAAAAAACUAUGACGUAAUAGUUGUGUUAUUGUAGUUAAAUGCAUAUUUGCUUGGGGGCUGCGAAUAGAAACGAAAACUUUUUA